AUGUAUAACUUCCAAGUAAUCCACAUCCCGGGCAAGAAAAACGUAGGAGCAAACUUCAUGUCCCGGAUACCGCUUUCACCACCGUCAAACACCUCUGAUAAGAUCGAGGCUACUAUCUCGGCUUCUAUCCACCUCCGUUUCAACCAAAACAACUCGUGUUCCCUUGAGGACAUCUCACGCAAAGCAAAUGAAGACGCCGAGUACAAAGAUCUCCACCGUACAAUUCUCGAGGGAUUUCCAACCAACAAAGAAACUUUACCACAACAUAUCUUACCCUACUGGAGAUUGAAAAAUGAUUUAUAUUGUGUAGACAAUCUAAUUAUGCUUGAAGAUCGCGUCCUGAUACCACGCGCUCUUCGACGUACCCUACUAGAAGAGUUACACAUCGGACACCAAGGCGUCAGCGCAAUGAGAGAAAAUGCAAAAAGACAAUUCUUCUGGCCACAAAUGAGCUCACACAUACAAAAUCACAGGAAUCAAUGCACCCGAUGCAACCAAAUCGCUCCCUCAAAUCGCAAAGAUACACCGGAAGUCCCCGAUCCGCCGAUUUAUCCAUUCCAACAGACAGCUGCCGAUCUAUUUCACAUGGCAGGGCGUCUGUAUAUAGUCUACGCAGAUCGCUUCUCUGGUUGGCCAGAGGUAGCCUCAACCAAACCUGAUGCUACAGCUACCACGGUUGUAAACAUUUUUCGAAGAUAUUUCACAAAUUUUGGCGUCCACGAAGAACUAUCAUCAGACGGGGGUCCGCCAUUUACAUCUCACGAGUUCGAAAACUUUCUACGAUCUUGGAACGUUUCACAUCGAGUAUCAUCUGUCGGCUACCCCCAAAGCAACGGACGAGCAGAAGCCGCAGUUAAGACUAUCAAACGAAUAUUAACGACCAAUAUUAGUCAAUCUGGGUCACUGGACACCGAUAAUGUCGCCAAAGCCCUUCUCCUGUACCGAAACACUCCAUCACCAGACAUGGGAGUCUCACCUUCUGAGCUCCUAUUUGGACGCAACAUCAGAGACCAUCUUCCAGCACCAAGACGUUUCCGGAAAGAAUGGAUUGACUUAGCCGAUAUUUGCGAGAACGCUUUUACGAGAAAACACCAACAAGCUUGCACGACAUCACAACGACAACUCCCUGUUUUGAAAGUUGGAGACACUGUUUCCAUUCAGAACCAAACGGGGAACGCACUGCUUCGAUGGGAAAAGACCGGGGUAAUCAGCGAAAGUUUACCCCAUCGACAAUACCGUGUAGACAUUCUCCGACAAACAAAAGAAGAACAUCUUCCCAGUACUAACGGGACAGAUCUACCAGCAAUCAAUCAACCAGAAACAAUUCCAACUGAACAAGAGACAACUCAGGCAGACACUCCACCAUCAAUCGUCUGCCCUCCGACACCCGUCAUCCAAACGAGACGAUCAACACGCACUAGAAGACCACCAGAAAGAUUUAAAGACUAUGUUAUGAAAUACUCAUUUACACACGAAAUUACUCGUGUCCAUCAUUUAGUAUAUUUAGUUUUUGUUUAA